UUAAGAAUUGUGUAGGCUUUUUAUAUUUUUUCAUUCGAGUUUUGGCUUAACUAUCAAAGAUUUUCCAGCUUGUCAAGAAUGUCCUAUCCUCGUGUCUUCUUCGACGUAACCGCUGAUGGAGAGAAGCUAGGUCGCAUUGCAAUGGAACUGCGUACGGAUGUAGUUCCAAAGACGGCUGAAAACUUUCGAGCUUUGUGCACCGGGGAGAAGGGCUACGGCUAUAAGGGCUGCCCGUUUCAUCGUGUUAUACCAAAUUUUAUGUGUCAAGGCGGAGACUUUACCAAUCAGAAUGGCACUGGAGGACGCUCCAUCUAUGGUCACAAGUUCCCUGAUGAAAACUUUGAGCUGAAACACUCCGGUCCAGGCACCUUGUCAAUGGCCAAUGCAGGACCCAACACAAAUGGCUCCCAGUUCUUUAUAUGCAUGGGCAAGACCUCGUGGCUGGACAAUAAGCACGUCGUCUUCGGCAAGGUAAUUGAGGGCAUGGAAGUAAUACGAAAGAUAGAAUCGAUGGGCUCUAACUCAGGCAAAACAUCUAAGAAAAUCAUUAUCGAGGACUGUGGCGACUUGUAAAGCGAGACAUAUAUUUAUAUAAUAUAUUUAUUAUACAGACUGAAACUGUUUUAUCUCCCACU